CAGCCCUCCCGUUCUCAGGGGCCUCAAGUUCAUCUCCUCCCUAGCUCUUCCUUUCCCUUCUCUCGGACUCUCUCCUCCCUUGCUCUUCCUUCCCUGGCGCCGGCGGCUGGGCGAGCGGCGGCGCCAUUUGUCCUGUCUUUGCCCAGCCCUUUGCCGGCGACGAGCGCAUACUCCAGGUUUGUGGUGAGAGAAUAAACCUUAGUAUGACUACCUCACAUCAAACUGAAAAUGGAGACAUCACCAAAGUUAAUUCUGUGGAGAGGGCCGCUUAUGCAUUUAUUCCCCAAACUCCUAUCAGAUCAACUGAUGCACACCUUGAAGAGUUCUCUGAAGCUAUGAGAACUGUUGCAAAAACACUGCGACAAGUUGUGGAAGGGAAAGCUGCUGCUCAAGCGGAGGCAGCUGAAUGGAAGCGCAAGUACGAAGUAGAGGUGGCAUCCAAGGAACACAAACAUCAUAAUGUGAUCAAAGGCUGCAGUAACUAUGAGAAGGAUAAGUUAGAGGAACUGGCUAGUCAGAUGGCAUUGGAGACUGCCUCCAUUGAUCAAACCAGUUGUUGUGGAAACCAUGGGAUAUGUUCGCAUCAAAUACUUCAGGAUGAAUGUCCUGGACCUAACCGAAAAGCAGAUGAUAAGAUAGUUGCAAGAAAGGCACCAUUUAGACUAUUAUGGGGAUGUGAUGGGGAUAAGAAUGACCAGCACAGGCAUGAUUUUGUGUCCUUCGAAAAAGGUGACAUAAAAACAGCAGAGCGCAGCAAUAAGCAGAUUUUGCUAAAAUGGGAAUCACCUCCACAAACAGUUCUUCUUGUUACUAAACCUAAUUCCAACUCUGUGCUUGCUCUCUGUGCCGAAAUGGUUAGAUGGCUUAAAGAGCACAAUAAUAUGGAUGUGAUUGUAGAGCCACGAGUUAGCAAGGAACUACGGACUGAAGAUUCUUACUUCAACUUUAUCCAGACAUGGAAUAAUGAUCAGGAGGUAAAGGCAUUACACACGAAAGUUGAUCUAAUUGUAACUCUUGGCGGCGAUGGAACUGUUUUAUGGGCUGGAUCAUUAUUCAAAGGGCCAGUUCCCCCUGUUGUUGCGUUCUCUCUUGGAUCAUUGGGGUUCAUGACUCCAUUCUCAAGUGAGCAAUACCGUGAAUGUUUGGCCAAUGUUCUAAAAAGACCAUUUAGCAUCACACUGAGGAGCCGUCUACAGUGUCAUGUGGUCCGCGAUGCAGCUAAGGAUGAAGUUGAGACUGAGGAACCAAUUCUGGUGCUAAAUGAAGUGACAAUUGACCGUGGAAUGUCAUCUUACCUUACCUACCUAGAAUGCUACUGUGACGGUUCUUUUGUUACAUGCGUACAAGGAGAUGGACUAAUAAUAUCAACAACAUCUGGAAGCACUGCUUAUUCAUUGGCAGCUGGAGGAUCAAUGGUUCAUCCGCAGGUCCCAGGGAUCCUUUUUACGCCAAUCUGUCCGCAUUCGUUGUCAUUCAGGCCUUUGAUACUACCAGAAUAUGUAACUCUGCGAGUGCAAGUGCCGUUCAAUAGCAGGGGUCAGGCUUGGGCAUCCUUUGAUGGCAAGGGCAGGAUUCAGCUAGGACCAGGCGAUGCGCUCAUCUGCAGCGUUUCCCCUUGGCCUGUGCCCACGGCGUGCCUGGUGGACUCGACAACCGACUUCCUGCGAAGCAUCCAUGAGGGUCUCCACUGGAACCUGAGGAAGAGCCAAUCUUUCGAUGGUCCACCUGCGUGAUUGAUGAAGUAUGUACAGCAAUCUGGUUCUGAGGAGUUGAGAUUGGUGUUGAUUCGGUAUAUGUGAUGCCAGAAAAAAAAAAUGAGGACUGCUGCAAACUUAAUGUACAUCCUUGCAUUCCAGAUAAGAAAAUUGCAGCAGAUGCAUGUAAGUAUGUAACUACAGUAGGUCAGUUCUUUAAUAUUUAUCCUUGCACAUUGCCAAUACAUAUACAAGUUCUUCAAUGUAUUUACUUAGGUGUAGGGUUGUGCAGAGUCCAAAUAGGAUCGCUUCACCAUUUACAUGUAGCAGAAGGCGGUGUAUAUGUUGCAGAAGUCCUGGGUUACUUUCUUUUAUGUCAAAUAAGAUGAACAAAUCAACUCUUGGCCAUGUAUAAGGCUGUUUUUUUGGUGUUACUGAUGAA